AUGGUUAUAAAUAGAAAUCUAGAAAAUGCUCUUAAAGAUAUGGAAACCAGACAUACUCAAGAAUUACAAGCUAUAAGGCAAAAAAUUAAAGUAUUAGAGCUAAAUCACUUCGUAGAAUUAAUUGAUUUAAGUUCACGAGUCAAAGCUUUAGAAAAGAAAGUUAGAGAAUUA